AUGAGUGUCUGUGCCUGUCCCACCUGGGCAGGCCGUCCUGGGGAAUGGGAAUGGUCUUUGGGAGCAGGAAGGAAGAGGCUGCCGUUGCGGCCAAGGCUUUCUGGUAGCCUUCCUUCUGAUGAUAUUUGGGAGGCUUCCUGCCUUGUCUCCAUAAAUGGGCAGCAUCCUUGUUUGCUGGUAGAAAGAAAGAAAGCUCUAGCCAUGGAUAUAUUUGGAGACCUGCGGCGAAUGAACAAGCGCCAGCUCUAUUACCAAGUUUUAAAUUUUGCUAUGAUUGUGUCCUCGGCAUUAAUGAUCUGGAAGGGCCUUAUUGUUAUCACCGGAAGCGAGAGUCCCAUUGUCGUAGUGCUCAGUGGCAGCAUGGAGCCAGCCUUUCACAGAGGAGACCUGCUGUUCUUAACAAACUUCCGAGAUGACCCCAUCAGAGCUGGUGAAAUAGUGGUUUUCAAAGUCGAAGGCAGAGAUAUUCCAAUUGUGCACAGAGUAAUCAAGGUUCAUGAAAAAGAAAAUGGCAACAUCAAAUUUCUGACUAAGGGUGAUAAUAAUGAAGUUGAUGACAGAGGCUUGUACAAAGAAGGGCAGAACUGGCUGGAAAAGAAAGACGUUGUAGGCAGGGCACGGGGGUUUUUGCCAUAUGUUGGAAUGGUGACCAUAAUCAUGAAUGACUAUCCAAAAUUUAAGUAUGCUCUCCUGGCAGUAAUGGGCGCAUAUGUACUACUGAAACGAGAAUCAUAAAAGAACCUGGGAUUGCCUUGCACAACUCAAGAGCAUAGAUCUAUGAAGAGAUACUAAUAUAUUUGAAAUGUCCCUGUGUCUGUAUGUAGUAUUACGUGAUGUGCAAACAGCAUUGUGUUGUCAACAUAAAUUUUCCUGUUCAUGUCCACAGUCCUGAAAACGUCCUUGUGUGUAAGCCCCAUAGCUUUCAUUGGGACAAGCUUUAUAAGUGUUCUUACAACUGCGGCCUCUAUUGAUUACAGCACUGUUUGUUGCAGUUUGGUUCACAUUAUUACAUUGACUUUCUCCAUGUUCACACAAUUGCUGUUAACCAAGGACAGUAGUAGCAGAAUUAUUGGAAAGGAACUGGAUGGGAAUGAACACGCAAUCAAAUGACUGUGUGUGUUGUUCUGGCAAAGUUUCCCUAUUAGAUAUCCUCAAAGAAUCGAAUAGGUUAAAUAUACUAGCAAGAUUGUAUUGCACGUGUUUCAGAUAGUAGCCUAAUUCCUGGAAUCAUGAAAGAAAAUGAAAGGUUCCUUUUCACUAUCUCUUAACAAAGGAAUGUACCAACACAGUUCCUAGCUCCCCUCCAUCCCCAGAUCAUUAAAUAAGUCACUGGAUCUUUCUUCAAGCCAUGUGCUGCCCAUUCCAUGUGAAGAGGUUCACCAGGUAUCCUAGUGUCUCAUCACCAUUUUUGAAUAACCUUUCAAAAAUAAACAACAGGUUGUUAGAUGACUUUUUUUUUUUUUUUGCAAGAGUGGUAUUACCUAAUGAAGGUCCAUAGAAGUGAUGUGUGAAUUGAGCUUCAUAGGUUCUACAUCUGCUGAAGUAUAUGUGGAAAAGCCCAUCUGAAUGACCAUGCUAGGCUGAAGUGUGCCCUUUCACCCCAACCCUGGCAAUGUGGUCAUCUGCAUCAUCCUUCCAUGCAGUCAGGAGAAGGUGCCAAGAUUUAGAACUGUCAUGUGUAACUAACUGGAAUUAUGUCUGUUUACGUGCAGAAAAAUGUCAUGGUAAUUAGAGAUAUAUGUGUUGGAUAGCUUCCAUAUUUGUUAAUAGGAGGUCUAAAAUGUUCACAGGUGUUUCACUUGACCUAUCUGGAAAAACACUUGACCUCCCAGACCAUUCCUGCUGUUUGGUUCCAGCCUUACAAGCUGUACUUUGGAGUUUCAGUUGUUCUGGGUGAAGCCUUUCCCAUUCUUUUCUGUUACUUUUACUUCUAAACUCCUGUUCUGCAGUAUCCAUUCACAGUGUAGACAAGCCAUCUUAUGGAAUGCAUUCUGAUGAAAGCCACUGUCCUGAAUAAUAGCUAUGUAGUGGUUAGCCACAUUUGCCACCUAGUGAUGAAAUAUGUUAUUGCAGACUUCUGACUGAAAUUAGUUAAUGUUUUUUUUAAAAUACCUUUAAGUUUAUAUCACAUGUUCCUGUUGGUAUACAUGACAAACAUGAGGUGUCUAGGUUUCAUAGCUAUGGUGGAGCAGACACAAAACUUAAUUUAGCAUUAACAAAGUUUUAUUAGGUAAAGUUUAUUUUACCUAAUCUAUAGGACAUCUUUGUUAUGAACCAAGUAUAUAUUUGUUAUUUGAGAUCUCUGCCUCUUUGUGCAGGAAAGAACAAUAAAUACCUUUGCUAGGUGAGCAAUAUAAUUUUUCAGUGUCAGAAACUGAACUUGAAGUGUGAAUGUGAUUGUCCCAAGUAGCAGUUAUAAAAACCAUUAGAUCUGCUGAACUGUAGCAAAGGGAGCUUUUCUGGGGGUGGAUAGGAAAACUUUGGGCAGUCUGCCCUCCCAACAUAAACUAGUGGUAGCUAGUAUAGCUUGUUGCAGAUGGAAUUAAUUUGUAAUGCUACUCAUAAUUCUUCACUAAAUUGCUAACUGUUGGCAGCACUUCUGUUCUUUGAGGACCAUUCUUGGCUUUUCACAACCCUUUUGCGGCCUUAGAGAAGUCACUUUAACCUUGUGAAUAAUCUUUUAAUUCUUCAGGACUGUUUUUGCAUAAUCACGGUUACAAAUGCAUCAAUUCCAUUAAUUCCAUUGUCUACCUUUCAAAAAGUAAGAAAAAAGGGAAACUGCAAUCAAAGAUUACUAAAUGUAUCUGAAAGGCGCUACAAAAACAUUGAAUGAGGGGGGGCAGGUUCUGUUGUUAUUAAAUGUGUUGCCCCAAAAUAUCUCUUCCUUUGUCUUAUCAUGCUAUGCAAUAUCAUUAAAAGAUCAAUGUCUUGUU